CCGUUGCCGGUAAAGAAUCUCGCGCGUCUGGCAGCGCCACUCGGUCUGUUUCCAUCCGACUCUGUCCGACGCUUUAAAAUUAAAGAAUGGCAACGACCAUGGAGAUCGACGAUGACGAGUGCGAUCUGCCAACCUCCAGCAGCGGGAAAGGUGAGAAGAAGCGUUUCGAGGUGAAGAAGUGGAACGCAGUGGCACUAUGGGCCUGGGAUAUUGUUGUGGACAAUUGCGCUAUUUGUCGUAAUCAUAUCAUGGAUCUCUGCAUUGAGUGUCAAGCGAACCAGGCGUCUGCUACCAGUGAGGAAUGCACAGUAGCCUGGGGUGUAUGUAAUCACGCCUUUCACUUUCACUGUAUCUCACGUUGGCUGAAAACUCGACAAGUCUGUCCACUUGAUAAUCGUGAAUGGGAAUUUCAGAAAUAUGGCCAUUAAUUGGAUAUACUCAACUGUACACGUCAAAUUUCUAUUUGUUCAGCUAUUCAGAGCAUUCAAAAUGAAAGAUUAUUUUUCCAUACAGAAGAUAUAACAAUCCUUACACAGAAAUAAUCCUUACAGAAAAACGACGAGUUUAUAGGUGAAAAUAGGAAUGUAACGAAAGAUGCAUAGUUAAAUGUAUCAAGUUUUUUGUAUGUUCUCAACAAAAUUGUCAGAUAAAAUUUAAUUCACUAGCAGAUGUAAAUUAAUUCAAAUUUUCAUUAAAUUAUAUUAAGUAUGUAAUUUAUAGAUCCUAAGCUUUAUAAAAUAAAUGAUUACGGUAUGAUUUA